UAAUAGAAUAAAGUUAUCUAUCUACCCCAACUCCCCAUGGAUUAUUCAUCCAGUACGUGAUAGUUUAAUACCAAGACCAUCCGGGGUCAACUGUUAGGGGGAGAGUGAGAAAAAACAAAAGGGUCAUAAUUGUUAAUCACCUUCAUCCAUUCUUGAUGCUAUCAAUUUGUGCCACAAAAACAAACCUUCAGCAUUUGGAUUGGUUUUCAGUUAAUUUUCGGGACAAUAAUAAAACAAUAUUCUUGCUGAGUGUGGGGCCAAGUCCAAUGCAAUAAGAAAAGUGGCACUCUUUCUUCUUUUCUGGUCUACAAUGCUAUGUAGCUUGGAGCGGUGUUACGGUGACAGAGUGAGAGUGAGAGUGAGAAAUGGGUCUGCUUUCUAACAGAGUGGAGAGACAUGAGAUCAAGCCUGGUGAUCACAUCUACACUUACAGAGCCGUUUUCACCUAUUCCCAUCAUGGCAUUUUUGUUGGGGGAAGCAAGGUUGUACAUUUCAGACCUGAAAGGAACUUAAAGUCAAUGACUGAGACAUCAUCAAACUGGGAUGAUCCAACAUCAAACCCAUGUCCAACCUUUCCUGAUUGUGGAUUCAGACAGCCAAACUGUGGUGUAGUCCUUUCCUGCUUAGACUGUUUCCUUCGAAAUGGGUCUCUUUACUGUUUUGAGUAUGAGGUUUCACCAUCUGUUUUCCUCAGCAGAAUAAGGGGUGGCACAUGCACUACUGCAUCAGCUGACCCACCAGAGACUGUUAUUCAUCGAGCAAUGUAUCUUCUUCAAAACGGCUUUGGUAAUUAUAAUGUUUUUCAGAACAAUUGUGAGGAUUUUGCCUUGUACUGCAAAACUGGUCUUUUGAUACAAGACAAGCAAGGGGUUGGAAGAAGUGGCCAAGCUUCUUCUGUUAUUGGUGCUCCAUUGGCUGCAAUGAUCACUUCUCCUCUCAAGUUGUUAAUGCCAAGUCCUGUUGGUGUUGCUACUGUAACAGCAGGUAUGUACUGCAUGAGCAGAUAUGCAACUGACAUUGGUGUCAGAAGUGAUGUGAUCAAGGUGCCAGUGGAAGACUUGGCUGUGAACCUUGGAUGGACUUGUCAAGAGGAGGAGAUAGCUGAACAUGAAACUUCAGACAGACAGAUUACUACCAGAUGAUUUAGCAUUGCUCUUUAUCCUUGUUAUGGACAUGAAACUGUUGCAUGUGUCACUGGAGUUAUACACUAGUUCAUAGCAGAUUUGUCUUCAUUCAUGCUAUAUCUUUUGUAAUUGGUGUCUAGUUAUUCAAGUUGUGUAUGAGAUGGAAAUGCAAUAAUAUUAUUACCUACAGUAGUAACUACAAUGUGAUGUAUUCCUCUGAGACAAAUUUUCUUCUGGUUGCCUAUAAUAAUGCAACAUCUACCUACUACAGUGUGAUGUAUUCCUCUGUGAUGUAUUCCUCUGAUUGAACCAUCUUGUUGUGUAUCAUAGAAAAUCAAGUUGAAUUCUAUUUUGCUAUAUUUCUAA